GAGAGCAUAUUUAAAGAUGAUUUACUCCUCAGUCUGAUGCCUCGCUUCACAGGAUGCCACACAAAGACUGUCUGAAACAAGAGCUGAAAAUGGAUGCUGCUCAGCUCUCCUCACAGCCCAAAGUCCCUCUGGAGGAGGACAGGGAGUCUGGCAUUGGAUCCACCCUUGACCUCACCAACAGCUUUGAGGGCCUCAGCCAGAAAACCGACCGCCGCUCCACCUCUUCUCCACGGGGAAAAGCGUACGCCCCGCCCAGAGAGGAAGAAAGCCCCCCCCAGACCUCAGCGGUGGCUCCAGAGAAGAUCAAGCAGCUCCUCAUCAAUCUAUCAAAGAUCCCUCUUCUUUUCAUCCUUCUCUUCCUCUUCAUCUGCUCUUUGGACACUCUGAGCUCUGCCUUCCAGUUAGCCGGGGGAAAAGUGGCAGGAGACAUCUUCCAGGACAACGCUGUGCUGUCCAACCCGGUGGCAGGGCUGGUGGUGGGCAUCCUGGUGACGGUGCUGGUUCAGAGCUCAUCAACCUCCACCUCCAUUGUAGUCAGCCUGGUGGCCUCCGGAUUGUUGGAGGUGAAGUCGGCCAUUCCAGUCAUCAUGGGGACCAAUAUUGGGACUUCUGUAACCAACACCAUAGUGGCCAUGAUGCAGGCCGCCGAGAGGAACGACUUUCAACGGGCCUUCGCCGGAGCAACGAUCCAUGACUGCUUCAACUGGCUGUCGGUUCUGGUCCUGUUACCUCUGGAGGUGGUGAGCGGGGUAAUGACCCGGCUGUCCAACCUGCUGGUCUCUAUAUUAAGCCUACAGCCGGGAGAGGAAGCCCCGGAGUUGCUGAAGGUCAUCACUGAGCCUCUCACCAAGCUCAUCAUACAGCUGGACAAGUGUGUGAUAACUGAGAUCGCCAUGGGGAACGAGGCUCUGAGGAACAGGAGUCUGGUGAAAGAGUGGUGCCAGGCUGAUGUGGUGUUGCCUGUUGGCAACAGGAGCAGUGAAAACUGUGGUCUCAGUUAUAACCUCUCGUGGACAUCACCUGUCAAGUGCAGACAUCUGUUUGCGUCCACAGAGCUGUCAGAUCUCACGGUGGGCCUCAUUCUGUUGGCGGCGUCCCUGAUGGUCCUCUGCACAUGUCUGCUACUUCUGGUCAAGCUCCUCAACUCUCUUCUUCAAGGUCACGUGGCAAAGGUCAUCCACAAGGUCAUCAACACAGAUCUGCCAUCUCCUUUUGGGUGGCUGGCCGGUUACAUUGCAAUGUUUGUGGGUGCGGGAGUGACGUUUGUGGUCCAAAGUAGUUCUGUAUUUACUUCAGCCAUUACUCCUUUAGUCGGCAUCGGUGUCAUCAGUCUGGAGCGGGCCUAUCCUCUCACUCUGGGCUCUAACAUUGGCACGACUGCCACGGCCCUGCUGGCAGCCAUGGCCAGCCCUGGGAACAAGCUGGCAGCUUCCAUCCAGAUAGCCUUGUGUCACCUCCUCUUCAACGUCUUUGGCAUUCUGCUGUGGUAUCCUCUUCCAUUCACACGCCUGCCAAUAAGGAUGGCUCGUGUCCUGGGUGAGCGCACUGCCAAAUACCGCUGGUUUGCCAUCCUCUACCUCCUCCUCUGUUUCCUGCUCCUUCCAUCUCUGGUGCUGGGCCUCUCUCUGGCCGGCUGGCAGGUGAUGGCGGGCGUCGGCGGCCCCUUUUUGAGCAUCACGAUCUUCAUCAUCAUAGUGAACGUGAUGAAGGCUCACAGCCCCCGUCAUCUGCCCGCCAAGCUUCAAACCUGGGACUUCCUACCCAAGUGGAUGCAUUCUCUCAAACCGCUAGACAAUUUGAUCACCAAAGCAACUGUCUGCUGCAGUUCUUGUGAAGAGGGUCAAAAGGAGGAGGAGGAAGACAAAGAGCCCAUUGCGACGCAGACAUCUGUCCAUCUGCAGGAUGAGUCUGUGUUUCUUCAAAGGAAUGAGCAAUUGACUUAUUGUAACCCAGUCCUGGGGUGCCUGGAUGAGAGUAAACCAGGUGUGCUAGUUUUUAAAUUAAAAGGUUUAGAGAGGUGCAACAGCACUCCUCUGUAA